AUGGCUUAAAUCCCGCACGAAGGAAUAUACUAUUUUGGCGGAAGAGACGAAGAUGGGAAUAUUUUGAACACAAUUAGAAUAUUGAAAGUAGACUAGAAUCCUAUUGGGUGGAUUUUUCCAGAAAUAGAUGGUAAGCCUCCAUCUCCUAGAUAUGGUCACUCUAUGAAUUAUAAUUAGUUAUUAAAUAUUAUAGUUAUUUAUGGUGGUUAAAAUGAUGAUUGCUAUUUAAAUGAUAUGCAUAUUCUUAAUGUAGAGUUUUUAAUGUGGUAUAAAGUAGAAAUAAAAGGCCAAAAAUCUAUAAGCAGAGCUAAUCACUGUGCAGUAAGUUAUGACUCAAAAUUAUUGAUAUUUGGAGGACUCAAUGAAGAAGGCUACGUCAGCUCAUAGAUUUAAAUGAUAGAGCUAGAUGAAACUUUAAGCCAGUAAAUGUACGAUAAAGACUUAUAAAAAUAAAAAUUUAUUCAUGAACAGAGCUUUAAAUAAUAAAGACUAAACAAUGAGUAAAGAAAAUAAGAUAAGGUAAAGUAGGAAUUUUAUGAAAAAAGAAAAUCAAUUGAUGCUUCUGCUUUAUAUCGCUAUUAUGAAAUUCAUAACUAUAAUUAUGAUGAAAUUCCAUUUUCGACCAAACUUAUCUAAGAGGAAAAAGAUAAUUUAUCUGUUAAGAGUUAAGUAGAGAAAUUAAACUUUAAUAACUUUGUCAGUUUUAUGCCUCUUCCAAAUAAAUCGAACGGGAACAAACUAUCUCGUUUAUUAAGCUAUAAAAACAUCAACUAAGCAAAUAAAUUGCAAAACAAAAACUCAAAUAACUAAUCUAGCUCAUCAUUAGAAAGUAGCCAUUCAAAGUCACCAUCUCGAUAAUUACUAUAAAAAACUGUCAAUACAAUAAUUUCUAAUAUGAAGCACUCAUGA